AUGCAAGUUAAUCCAAUCCUCAGACAGGCGGUUAAAAGAGCAGUUAGACCCAGAAGACCAGCGUCCAAGAGACCUCAUCAACCGCUUCUUCCUCCUUUGCAACUAUACCGCAGAAUACUAAGAGAACACAAAAACCUCCCACCCAUGCAACGAGAACUUGGGGAUCAAUAUGUUAAAAGCGAAUUCAAGCUGCACAAAAACACCGAUAAUCCACUAUAUAUAGUUGGUUUUCUAGCAUCAUGGCAGGAUUAUCUGCAUAUGAUCUCGCGCGGUCAGUGGACAGAGGGUACCCUAUCCGCAGACCUGCUCGAGAAAAUGUCCCCAGAACAAGUUACACAAUUAUACGAACUAAUGAAGGAGGCUGAACAGCUCAAAUCUGAGAAUUAG